AGGAAGAAAAUGUUUCCUCUGCCCGUGGAUGGGGCAAGAAUUGUGGUUGCGGGCAGCCAUGCAAACGACAUCGGGAGGCAAUGUGGGGGUUGGACAAUCUCCUGGCAAGGAGAAGCGGGGCCCAUAACCAAAGGCACCACCAUCUGGCAAGGAAUUAAAGAGCUAAUUUCUGGCCGGGCGGCUAGUCUCACGUACAUUGGAUACCCACCUGAAGACGACCGUUACGAAAACGGCACGAGGAAAAGGCCGAUCGAAGCCACCCGGGAGGCCGCAGCAGCGUGGGUGAAGCGAGCGAGGAGCGUCGAAGCGGACCUUGGGAUUGUUGUUGUAGGGGAGCCUCCUUAUGCUGAGUACAAAGGGGAUAAUCAGCAGCUGGAGCUAAGUGGCCCUGCCCGGUCGACAAUUUUUGGGAUUUGCAACCAGAUUCCUUGUGUCGUGGUGGUGGUUUCUGGGCGGCCACUAAAUGUUACCGGGAUGUUACCGCAUCUCGAUGCAUUGAUAGCUGCCUGGUUACCAGGGUCAGAAGGUAACGGGGUAGCCGACGUGCUAUUUGACGAGACGGUGGAUUUCAAGGGGAAGUUACCCUUGCCGUGGUUUCGCUCGGUCAGAGACCUGCAGCCGGACCAUUCCCCUGGCCCCAACCCCCCACUCUUUCCAAUGGGGUUCGGCUUGAAUAAGGCUGGUAAUCCAAUGGGUACAGUGGAUGGGGAGGGGGCACCCUAAGAUAGCUGUGACCACUGUAUAAUGUAACCACUGUAUGGUAACCAUCAUCGGAUGUAUGGACCACUGUAGCAUGUGAUUAUGGUAGGUAGGUAUGGUCAGUCAAGGCCACGAGGUGGCUAGUGUAUAUCUGCCCAAAACAGUUUGUAAGACUGUGUCACUCUUUUAAACCUCCAUCCAUGUCAAACGCUUUAACAAC